AUGCUGCUGCUCGGCUUGCUGCAGGUUGCCGCGCUGCUGCGCCAGCCGCCUCUCCUAUUACCGCCGACGCCAAAGCCACCCCACCAGUAUGUCGUCGCGUGCGCCGACGCUGCCGGCCCCACGGCCGCCGCCGCCCCGCCGAUGCGAGUCAUCGACGCCGCGGCCAUCAUCGGCGGCACUUCCGUUGGCGGAUCCUUCUUGGCGCUGCCCAUGGUGACGGCGCCUCUCGGUCUUGGGCCGUCGUUGGUCGGCAUGUUCGCUGCGUGGGCCGUCCUCGCCGCAUCGGCGAUCGCAUACCUCGAGGCGGCCGCCAUCGUGAUGGAGAGGGAGGGCGAGGCCGAGGGCGCCUCGGUCGUCGCGGUCAGCAGGCACGCCUUUGGUGGCGCCGCCGCCACCGUCGUGUCAAGCCUCUUCCUCGUCCAGUGCGUGGUCGUCAUCGCCGCCCAGCUCGCAAAGGCGGGCGAGCUGCUCUCCCUGCUCGCUCCGGUCGCCGCCGCCGCCGCUCCAGCCGCCUACCCCGCCGCCUGCGUCGCGACCGCCGCCCUCUCUGCCGCCGCUGUCUUUGGCGCUCGCCGCGCCCUCGUCGAGCGUCUCAACACGGGGCUAGCGGCGACGCUCAUUGUCGGCCUGCUCUGGCUCUCUGGCCGCGCCCUUGGUGGCGCGCUGCCGAGCGGCGCGGCGGCCGCGUCGCGCCUGGGCGGGGCCGACUGGUCCGCGCUGCUGCCGGGAACGGCGGCGGCGGGCUGGCCGAUCCCGCUCUUUCUCAAGCUGCUCUCGUUUGGGCAGGCCGUCCCCGUCGUCGCCGCCGGCCUUGGCCCGCGUCGGCUGGGCGCCGCUCGCACUUCGCUCAUCGCAAACUACCUCACCGUCCGCCAGUUCUGCGCGGAUGCCUUGCGCGCGCUACAGGGACGCGGGGCGGGCGCGCCGCCCGUUGGGGUGCCCGUCGCCGUGCUCGCGGCGCUGAGUUUGCCCGCCGCCAUCGCGUGCGGCGGCGCGCGGCUGUACUUGCCGCUGCUGCGCUGGUCUGGCGCCUUCCCCACCACCAUCCUCUACGGCUUGCUGCCGCCCCUCGCCGCCCUCGCGCUCGGCCGCCAGCGCGGAGGCUCCUCCGCGCGUGCGAGCCGCUUGGCGCUGCGCGCGCACGCAGCCCUCACCGCGGCACUCCUCGGAGUCAACCUCGCGCUCGCGAGCAACGUUCGCGGCUGUUGGCGCCUCGGCGGUCUGUUGAGAUGA